AUGCGACAACCAGCAAUGCCCAUCCCCUCGCCCUUCCAGUCUUCCAUAGCGAAGCCGGGCCAGGGUAAAGUCGUCCUCUCUCUCCUCCCACCGAACAACCCAACCCUCACAACCCUCACAUACAAAUACCCAUUGAAGCUGGUUCCGCGGACCGGCGGCUUUGUCCCGACUCCAGAACCCUCCGCCCUCUCAGAUACAUGUCCCUCCCACCCAGUACACCUCUAUCUUCUCACAUAUGGCGGCGGCCUACUCCCCGGCGACCACAUUGAGGUCUCAAUCACCCUCGAACCGAGGACCAGAAUGGUUGUCACAACACCACAAGGCAGCACCAAGAUCUUUAAAACAGACCCCAAUAAUAACGGCACCAACCCCAACGUCAUCAAGGGCCACCGCAAGCAGAUGCCCGCCAACAAACACCUCUCCGACAUGAGCCAACAAUCCCUCGACGUCCGCAUCGGCCGUCAAGCCGCCCUUUGCUACCUUCCCGACCCCUCCGUCCCCUUCCAAAACAGCCGCUACGCCCAAGUUCAAACCUUCACCGUCGACGCCGCCGCAAAAGGCGACCAAAGAAGCAGUCUCUGCGUCCUGGAUUGGGUCACGCAAGGCCGCACAUCCCGCGGCGAGAAUUGGAACUUCCGAUUCUGGCGCGGCCGGAACGAAGUCUGGGCCCAGGACGAAAAGACCGGAAAGAGCCGUCUUCUUCUCCGUGAUUCCGUCAUCUUGGACGAUGAAACAGAGGACUCGGACGACUCCGAUGCAUCAGAGUCAGAAGAAGACGAAGUCGAGACGACAAAUCGCAAUAUCCAUAACGGUCUCGAAAAUCGCGUCGAUAUGCCACCCCAGGCGCCGGCCGGUCUGACUCCGCUGAAUAUCAUCGCGGAGCGGACACGGCCGCAUGGUGUCGUGGGGACGCUGAUUCUCUCCGGGCCUGUCUUCGAAGAUCUUGGUGCAUACUUUAUGAACGAGUUCCAGUCCCAACCUCGGAUUGGUAGUCGCAAUUGGUCGGAUCAUGCGCCGAGCUCGGUGCCAGAACCGUCAACUAGCCACAAGGGCGAUGUGACUUGGACUUCGGCGCGGGUACGAGCUGGAUUCGUACUUGUGAAAUUCGGAGCCAAGGACUUUGAGACAGCGAAGCAUUGGCUUGGCGGGAUCAUUCGCGAGGAAGGCAGUGUCAUUCGCGAAUUUGGCGAGGAGGCUCUCUUCUGUCUGUGA